UCAAACACAUAACCUAAAACUUUUGCAACAUCAUAACCUGGAUAUGAAUGUUGUAGUGAUUUAGGGCGGUUUGUCUAUUUUUUGAUCCCCGAAAACCAUGUCUUGCAUAUUAUGGAAAUUCUCAAGUAACAUAAAUACACGCUCUAGCUCAGCGGUAAGAAACUUAAUUAGGCAUGGUCACCAUCUUCGAGGAAAACCUCCUGGUGUAGCCCGUUCAUUAAAACAAAGACUAGAAGAAAUAAAUUACAAGAAUCCUAGUUUACAUUUUAGAGUUGACAUAGGCUUACCACCGCCUGUUGUUUCACGAUCCACACAAUUAAAGGAACGCUUAUCUGUCGUAAAACAACUUAGAAAAAAUUCUGAAUUAGAAAAAUUGGCACGGAAUAAGCAACUACUGAUUAAUUUGGAACAGGCAAAUGAAGAGUGGCUGCGCACAUCUGGAUACUACCACAUAAAAAAGUUGUCAGAUCACUAUGGUGUCUAUGAACACUUAUUUGGAGAUGCUUAUUUUUUACCAGUUGUACCACUGUGUGUUAAUUAUACAAAGGCUGAUGUAAAACACCCUGUUUAUUUUGGUAAUUUAAUUAAACCAUCAGAUGCAGAAACUAAACCUGAGGUACACUAUGAAAGUGAAAAGGAAGCACUAUGGAGUCUUAUUUUGACAAAUCCUGAUGGACAUUUCACAAAACAAGAUCAAGAGUACAUACAUUGGUUUGUUGGCAACAUACCAGGAAAUAAAAUUGAUCAGGGUGAAACCAUAGUUGAAUACCUGCAACCUUUUCCACCUAAGGGAACAGGAUAUCACCGCCAUAUAUUCAUUUUAUAUAAACAAGAAAAACGCAUUGAUUUUUCUGAAUUAAAAAAAUCGGGCCCUUGUUUAAAUUUAGAAGAUAGAACAUUUUCCACACUAGAAUUUUAUAGACAGCGACAAGAAGAUUUAACACCUGGAGGGCUCGCUUUUUUCCAAUCUGAUUGGGACUCAACUCUGACAGAAUUUUACCAUAACACAUUAAAUAUGAAGGAACCAGUAUUUGAAUACGAUUUUCCACCACCAUAUAUAAGACCACAAGAGUGGUUUGCAAAAAGAAGACCAUUUAACUUAUAUUUAGAUAAGUACAGAGACCCAAAACAGAUCAAUAAGGAAUUUUUAAUGAGAAAAUUGAAGAAUGUGCAUCCAUUUAAAGCGCCGCCACCUCCUCUACCAUAUCCUAAUGCUGUAUACUUCAAAGACUCUGUUCCGCAAUGGUUGAAGUUGGAAAAAAUUAAAAGCAGACUGAAAUGGGGAAGAAUAAAUGAAAUUGAAUGAUUGUAAUAAGUUUUAGGUGUAAAUAAAUCUGUGUCUUUCUAGCCA